AGCACGAAAGGUGGUUCGUAAAGACCAGAGAGAGAUAAGGGUGAGAAAUUUGGUAGAGAGGAAAACCAGUGAGAGAAAGUUACCGGAUUCGACAGCUAUAUUCGCCGGAAUUUGGGAACUCUGUUCACGUCCGGUGAAGAUUUCCCAAAUUCCUUUUCCCUUAGAAUUAGGGUUUUUUUGGGUAAUGAAAUCUCUCGUUCUUGAAGUAAAGGUUGUUCUUUUGCCAAGUUGAGCCUGCGAUCUGGGUGGCGUUCCAGUUCUUGGAAGAAAGGGGUAUUGUUGAUCUUAUGUCUACGCCGACGAGGAAAUUGUGGGCCGGGUGGUCGCUCACGCCCAAGAGCGAGACGCCCAGGAAGAACAGCGACAAGGGAAAAGGCCUCUCUUUUUUAGAAAAUUCAGGGAGGGGUUUGAGUGGAGAAGAAAAUGGAUCCAUUAACCUGCAAGAGAAGAUGGCGAAGCUCGAAACAGAGCUCUUUGAUUACCAAUAUAAUAUGGGUCUGCUAUUGAUCGAAAAGAAGGAUUGGACUACCAAGUACGAAGAAGCUAAACAUUCUUUAGAAGAAGCAAAAGAUCUCUAUAGAAGAGAACAAGAAGCUAACUCUAUUGCAAUAUCUGAAGCAGCAAAGCGUGAGGACAAUUUAAGGAAGGCAUUGGGUGUUGAGAAACAGUGUGUACAAGACCUUGAGAAGGCUUUGCAUGACAUGCGCGCUGAAUGUGCUGAAAUUAAAUUCACAGCUGAUUCAAAAUUGGCUGAGGCAAAUGCUCUAUUGACAAGUGUUGAAGAGAAAUCACUAGAGGUUGAAUCCAAACUCCACACAGCCGAUGCUAAGCUUGCUGAAGCUAGUAGAAAGAGUGCAGAAGUUGAAAGGAAAUUGAAUGAGCUAAAGGCUCAAGAAAAUGCACUCCGAAGAGAACGGUCCUCUUUCACCAUUGAGCGUGAAUCUCAUGAGAGCACUUUGUCUAAGCAAAGGGAAGACUUGAGGGAAUGGGAAAGAAAACUGAAAGAGGGUGAGGAUAGACUUGUUGAUAGCCGGAGGUUGUUAAACCAACGAGAGCAAAGAGCAAAUGAUGCUGAUAAGAUAAUGUUGCAAAGGCAAAAUGAACUUGAAAGUUCUCAGAAGAAAAUUGACUCGGCUUACUCUGCUCUUAAUGAAAAAGAAGAGGACAUUAGGAGCCGGCUUGCAAGCCUUAGCAUGAAGGAAAAGGAAAUUGAUGAUAUGAAAAAGAGCUUAAAUCUAAAGGAGCAAGCAUUAUCUGACUUGGAGGAAAAGCUGAAUGUUAAAGAGAAAGAAGAGAUCCAAAAGCUUGUAGAUGAACACAGAGCAGUCCUGGAUGCCAAGGAAGAAGAGUUCAACCUGGAAAUGAAGCAGAGGAGGGAAUCUGUUGAUGAAGAACUGAAAAGAAAAGAGAUUGAGCUUGAAAGAAAGGAAGCUGAAAUUCUUCACUUGGAAGAAAAAGUCAAAAAACGAGAAGUGGCACUUGAGAAGAAAUCAGAGAAGGUUAAAGAGAAAGAGAAAGAUCUUGAGACAAAAAUGAAAGCCAUGAAGGAAAGGGAGAAGUCUUUAAAAGUUGAGGAGAAAAACUUGGAGAAGGAGAGGAAGCAAAUUCUGUCUGACAAGGAUGAAUUACUUUCUAUUAGGGAUGAACUUGAGAACAUAAAAGCUGACGUUGAGAAAAAACAGAUAAAGCUAAAUGAAGACACAGAGCAGCUUAAAGUAACAGAAGCUGACAGAUUGGAACUCACUCGCCUGCAAUCGGAGUUGAAACAAGAAACAGACAAGUGCAGACUCCAGCGAGAAAUGCUCUUGGAAGAAACUGAGGAUUUGAAGCAGGAAAGAGAGAAAUUUGAAAAGGAAUGGGAUGGGUUGGACGAGAAAAGAGCUGAGAUUAAUAAACAAUUGGAGGAAAUCAAUGAACAAAAGAGGAGCUUUGAAAAGCUAAAACACUCUGAAGACGAAAAGUUGAACAACGAGAAAAUCGAAACUCAAAACUAUGUCAAUGGAGAGUUGGAAGCACUUAAAGUAGCCAAAGAGACGUUUUCGGCCACAAUGGAGCAUGAAAGAUCAAUUUUAGAAGAGAAACUUCGAAAUGAGAGAAGCCAACUGCUUCAUGAUUUUGAACUUCUUAAAAGCAAGCUUGAGACUGAUAUACAGAAGAAGCAGGAAGAGAUGGAGUCUGAGUUGCUUGAGAGAAAGAAACAAUUUGAAGACCUGAGGGAGGGAGAACUAAAUAAUAUUAACUUUUUAAAGGAAGUAGCUCGAAGAGAUAUGGAAGAGCUGAAAUUAGAAAGGUCUGGAAUAGGCAAAGAGAAACAAGAAAUAUCUGCAAGCAAGAAGCAUCUUGAGGUACAACAAUUAGAGAUUCGAAGUGACAUUGAAGAGUUAGUUGCCUUAAGUAAUAAGUUGAAGGAUCAAAGGGCAGAUUUCCUGAAGGAAAGGGAUCAAUUCAUGGAAUUUGUCAAAAAGCAGGAAAAUUGCAUAUCCUGCGGAGAGCGUAUCCGUGAAUUUGAGCUUUCUCAUCUUCAAUCUUUGACCGAGGUGGAAAACUGUGAACCACCUCCGCUGCCUGGUAUUGCUCAAGAUUAUUUAGGGAAGGCUACCCAAGAGACUCCUGGAAAGUCUGCUAAUGUGUCGUUCCCUGUCUUUGGAACUUCAGCCUCUGGUGGGACCAUGUCUUGGCUUAGGAAAUGUACAUCAAAGAUUCUCACCUUUUCACCAGGCAAACAAACUGCAUCUGGCGAACUUAGAGAUUUGAUGAAUGAAUCUGCCCUGCCGAGUAAGCAUGUCAAGGAAAGACAAGCAGGCAUGCCUCUUUUGAGGGGUGAUGCUUUUGAAGAGCAGAUACCCCUUGAACCUGCAUACAGCACUGGUGAGAUAGAAGCUAGCAAAGAUACUGUGGAAGAUACUCAAAAUUCUAAUGUGAGAAUCGGAAAAAAGCAUAGAGCUGCAAGAAGAGGGUACCCUAGGGGUAGAAAAACUGCUUCUGGUAAGGCCAAUGGGAGCGUUGAGAUCUCCAUUAACACCAAUGAGGAAAGUGAGAAAGAAUCUGGUCUUCAAGGGAAAGGAACCCAAAGGAGUGACAGGAAACGUGGUCGUGUGCAUGCAUCACAAGGAACAGCAAGUGAGCAUGGAGAUUAUAAUAGUGAAGGAAACUCAGAUAGUGUGACAGGUGGAAGGAAGAGGAGGCAAAAGGCUGUCCCUAUUAUGCAGACUCCUGGUCAAAGUAGAUACUAUCUCCGCCGGUCUAAAAGGUCUGCUGGAGCAACAGCCAAUGCUUCUCGAUCUCUUAAUGCUUCAACGGAUCAUGAAGAGACACGGCAUCUCAAAUCUGCUCAACCAGCUCCUUUAGAGAUUAUUGAUGGGGAAGUGCGAAGUGUUGAGGUUGUUCACCAGACUGCAAUAGAGACACAGAUAGAGAUCAAGGAUACAGGAGACAAUCAGGACAGCAAACCCAAGAUGGCAAAUGCUCAUGUAGAUACUGGUUUCAGUGAAGAAGAGGUUAGUGAAGCACUUGAAGUUCCCAAUGAGUAUGAUGAUGAUGGUAGCCAAGGGGGUUACAGAACCGAUGAAGAAGAGCAUGGAAGGAGAGGUGGCGAUGAAGAAGAAGAAGAAGCUGAGCAUCCUGGUGAAGUGUCUAUAGGAAAGAAGAUCUGGACUUUCAUCACCACAUGAUAUAUAUCAACACACUGAUCCAAUCUGAUCUAUUGACAUACGUUGCAUUUAGGAUGUGCACCGGAUCCAUUUGCCAAAGAGAGGAUGAUUUGCUAUAUCCCUUUUCUGCUUUUAGAUAUAUAUAUAUAUAUAAAUAGUAUGUGUCAUGGAGGCAGCGUGUAUUUUGUUGUAGUUAAUCAUAAAUAAGAUUGAUUCAGGUGUGUAUUGUUGUGCCUCUUAAGUGUUGUGUUGCUUCUUAUUAGGGCAUUGUUAGGGCUUUUGGCGUCAAUCAUUUAGCAGCAUUGUUGAUAGCCCCUCUGGUUUUGGCCCGUGCUUUGUCGAAUCCGAAUCUCUUUUUCUUUUCCUAUUAUUUUCCUCUCUUUGAAUUAGUUUGCCACAUUUGAAAUGUAAAAGCCUAUUCAUCCCUUUGAAUGUAUUUCUCAUCAUGUGUCUUUUUAAUGUUCAU